CUCUUCAUUUUCUCUUUUCUCUUCUUUCUCACCUCUCUCUCCUAAUUCCUCUCUUCAAUUUCCACAAACCCUAAUCUCUUCCCCUUCUUCUUGCUCCACUUUUCUACUUCUUCAAUCCCCAAAUUCAUCAAACCCUAACUCCGUUAUUUUCAUCGUUUGUGGACCCCACCGUUCCGGUUCUCAAAUUCUCCUCCGAUUCUACCUUCUCAAUAGUAAAACCAACGCUUUUUCCAGGGUUACUCGUGUUUCAUGUGGGUCCCACAGAGAAUUUCUUCGGUUUGAACGUGAAUUGGGGGUUUUGAUUGAUGCUAAACAUGGGGUUUCUGUUAAGGUUGUUGGUUCUGUUAAUUAUUUCGCGGUUUAUUCGGUUUCGAGCUUUAAAGUUUGGCUUUUUGCUGUUAAGAUGGUGGAGGAGGAUGAUGGUGGUGGUGGAGGUGGAUUGAAAUUGAUGAAGUGUGCUGUGAUUCGGUGUUCGAGGCCGGUUUGGUCUUUGAGUAUUUCGUUUGGGUUUUUGGUACUUGGAGAAGAGAACGGGGUUAGGGUUUUUGCGCUGAGGAGGUUGGUGAAAGGAAAAGUGAUUGUUAGGAGAGUUGGGAAUUCAAAUUCGAAAUUGAGUUUGAAGCAAUUGCCUAAUGGUGAUCAUCAUGGGAGGUAUGGAGGUGACCGAGGAGCGAAAUGCCGCGGUGGCAGUGGUGGCGUUGAUGGGGUCCUGGAUACAACUUGCAAUGGUGGAUUGGAGUGGAAGAUUGAAAAACAUGGAGUUUCUGCGAAGCAGGCAAGUGUUAAACUUAAACAUGACAACAGAGAUGGGGGUGCAUGUUUUUUGGCAUUGAAGGGAAACGGGGUUGAAACAAAGUCCAUGUCAAAUGUAUCCAAAUCUCUGAAGGCUAUUUCCAUUCAAGCUCUGUCACAGAAGAUGUUUCUGAUCUUGGACUCCCAUGGGGAUUUACAUUUGCUAUGCCUCUACAAUUCUGGCCUUGGAGUAGAUAUCGCCGGUCAUGUGAAGCAACUGCCUCGUGUUUUGAAAGUAAAAAGUUUGGCAGUUCAUCCUGAUGUAUCCACAAUAUCUCAGACUAUCUGGACAUCAGAUGGAUGCCAUUCUGUGCACAUGUUCACAAUGGACGUUGAAAAUGCUUCAAAUGAAGCAGAUGGAAAUGACGGUGAUGAAAAGCUUAUGCAUCUCCCAGUUACUCAAGUUCUUUUCUCCAGUGAGAAGAUCCAAGAUGUCAUUUCUAUAGCUUCCAAUUCCAUUCUGAUUCUUGGACAAGGAAGCUUAUAUGCAUAUGCAAUUUCCUGAAGUUGCUUCGACUUUUCAUCUUUUUCAUCUGGAAAUCUAUUAUCUUGACUCCCUUGAUGUUGUAAUGCAUACUUGUGUGGUUCCGGGAUACAUUCUAUCAUUCAUAGUGCUCUGGUUGCCUCACCAUAUACCGCAUCCUUAAGAUACCGGGGAUCUUGAAAGAUUAUUAUCGGGUUCUUGGGACUGGUUAAAUAUUCGUGCAGUCGAAAAUUCCGGUGCUGCGUUAUUCAACUGCUCAAAGCAACCUGUCUUGCCAAACCUAUCACAGCAAACUGCAAGACUACAUGAAUGAAUCCAACAAAAAUGUUAGCUGUUCAUCCUACCUGUUUAAGGCGAAUCUUCUGGAGGUUAGGUGAAAUCAUGGUUUUCUUGCCAAAGAACUGAGCAGGGUUGAUCUAAAAGUCCAUGAUCUUGGCAAUUGGGCUACUCUGCUUGUUGGAAUAAUAUAUCUAUUUGAUUUCAAUUUUUUCACUUUAGCCGUGUUUGGUUCUAAUUAAUGAAAGAUGUUUUGUGGAGAGUUAAAAGGUUUAUUUUAUUUAUAGUUGAUGUAAUAAUAGUCAAAUAAAUUAUAUUUUACUGUCUUUACUUGACAAUGUCUAAUGCUUUUUCAAUUAUGAUAAAUUUAUAUAGGUAUUUUGAUGCCUUCAUCAA